AUGCCCAAAGCAAAACCCAUUGUGCUCGACGGCCGCACAGGGGAAGGCGGUGGCCAGCUUGUACGGUUGGGAAUCGCCUUGGCGGCACUCACUUCGCAGCCCGUCGAGAUCACCAAUGUGCGAGGCAACCGGCCGCGCGGUGGAGGCCUCAAGAACCAGCACGUGGCUGCCAUCGAAUGGCUCGCCCGCGUCACCGACGCCGACGUCCAAGGCCUCAGCGUCGGCUCCAAAUCAGUGACGUUCACCCCCCGACGGCCCCCGUCACAGCUCUUCCAGCGGAACAUUUCCAUCAGGACCGAGUCGGGAGCAUCCAGCACGCUUCUCGUCCUCCAGGCCAUGCUUCCGUUCCUGCUCUUUGCGAGCGCGGAAACGAAUGACGAACCAAGCGUGGUGGAAUUCUCUGGAGGCACAAACGUCUCCUUCUCGCCGAGCUACGAAUAUUUCGACCAGGUAUUGGCGCCGACGCUGGAGGAACGCUUCGGCGUGCGUAUCGAACGGGAGCUCAAGAGCCGUGGCUGGUCGCUCGGCCCGUUGUCAAGGGGAUCGAUUGUGCUCAAAGUGUGGCCGAUUGCCCGAGGCGAGAAGCUCAGGUUUGCGCCUCCGCCGCGGCAUACCUUCCCCGACUCCUUCGAGGUGAAGAGCGUUGAUGUCAGCAUCAUCGCGCCGAUGCACUCACACGAGAAGCUUCAGGAGACGAUAGCACACGACAUUGGUGCUCUGUGGCCCGGUGCCGACAUCAGCUUCAAAACAGUCGAGGAUUCUUGCAGCGACGCCCGCUGGUCGGUUCUCCUCGUGGCUCAUUCCGCGGACGGCAUCCGCUGGGCAAAAGACGUCCUCACAUCGGCGCCCAAGAAGAGCAAAGGCUACGACCGCUUCAUUGCGCUUCUCAGCAAGAAGCUGUGCAAGGAGCUACACGGCGAGGUGUCGUUGGGAGGGCAGGUGGACGAGCAUCUGCAGGACCAGCUGAUCUGCUUCCAGGCGCUGUGCGAGGGCCACUCUUCGUUUCCCCGCGAUGACGACGGCGUCGAUGAGUCGUCUCUGGACGGCGGCGGCGGCGGCGGCGCGCUGGGCCCGCUGAUUGAUGCCAUGGGGGAGCUGCAUGUUGGAGAGGGCAGCAGGAUGAGGAGGGAGAAGACGGGUGAGCCGUUUGGACAUGGUUCGACGCAUGCGAAGACGGCGCGGUGGGUGGUGGGAGAGAUGAUGCCGGGUUGUGAGUUUUACAACAAGGGCGAUUUGGUCAAAGGUGUUGGGUUUUCAGUGGAGUGA